GAACAAUCCGAACCCAGCAAAGCUGCUCGUCUCUUAGCUCCGAGAACACCACUUCGUGCGAACUAGCCGCUCAGCUAUCGGGAAUCAAGAUUACAGGAAGCAGAGUUGCAAUCCGAUGAGAGGACCAGCAAAGUUUCUGGUGCAGAAUGCAAUUAGGCACAUCAAACCUGUCAAUGGACGAGCGAGUAUGCCAACAGUGACUACUCAGAAGCAUGGGAAGGAGAAUACGUCCAGUGAAUCUGCCAUCACCAAAGAUGAAAACGUUGAGCCCCUGGUUGCCUUUAGCAGGCCGCCCCCUUUGCCGCCAGUUCUUGGUCCCCUGUUCGUGCUCUCGUUUUUCGAAAUGUCAUCUGGUGAUGAAGACAACAAAUGAGUCAGGCUCAGCGCCUAUACAAGCUGCUUCGGCUUUUCUGUUUAGUUUGAGCCAUUACUCCACUGUUUUGCAGGGAUCUGAUCAUGCACCCAGUUGAUCUUCCUCGAGCAGUCCGUCACUUCAGCAGUUCAGCUAGGCCUUGUACAGACUAAUAAGAAGUUGUACUGGAUAGUUAUCAACUAGUACUAAGAUAAUAAAUGCUGUGGUUAGCUAUAAUCUUUGUACUCAAAGUCUGAACUUCUGAGCUCUGAGUCUCUGACUACUGUUUAACGUGACCUUGGUGAAGUUUUGCUGA